UUGAUCAUAGUUGCCUGAACGGUAAUAUUUGUAACUUUUUGCGUCUUCCGUAUUGCAGCGCGCUACUGCACUAGUUGUGCAACGCUAUCUGGAUUUAUCAGUCGCCUGACGGCCAACUAAUUCUAUUUUAAACAUUUUCUGCUUUCUACCUAACUAUUUUUAACGGCAUAGCUAACUAGUUUAGUUAACAGAAGCCAACGUUUUCUUCCUGAGUUCUUAGCCAGCACUUUUAAUAAAUGGAAUGGAAUAUGGAACUGUGAUAUUUUACUGAUAUUUUUUCUUGCCAGUAGCUUGGUUUCUUUUUCAACAUUGAUAGGUUACCGAUGGAACUGAGGAAAGGAUGGAGCACUUUUGAACUUUAACUAAAAAGCAACACUUAUUUGAGAUACUGCUUUUGGGAGUUCUCAGUGGUUAGCGGAUAGUUUACGAGAACAAGGUGCAGAUUAUUGAUCAGACAACAAACUGAGCCGGGGUUUGAUAGUCUGCACUGACCGGUUACGGCGGGUCUGCGAUGCCUGGUUUAACUGGUAUUGUUCUCUGGGGAGCGAGCAUGCAUGGUAAUAUCGUGGAUCCUUAGCCCUCUGGAGUGUCUUCCUUUGAGCCCUCGCGAAGACCAUUGUCUGUUUAAUCGUGGGAUCUUACAGCUCUGCAAACAUGGAUGUUACAGUGUCCGAACUCAUGACAAACUUUUUGGAUUCCCCGCUGGUGGUUUGGGUGAAAACCUUGGGGCCUCUGGGAAACGUCUCAGAGGAUAAACUGUCCAUGUUCAUGGACCUUGUGGAUGGCAUCUUCCUGCACAAGAUCAUGACCCAGAUAGACCCCAGCCCUUCAAACCAGCGAGUGAACAAACACGUUAACAAUGACGUCAACCUACGAGCGCAGAACCUCAAGAUUAUAAUCAGGCACAUCAAGAACUACUAUCAGGAGAACCUACAGCAGCUCGUCGUUAUGAACCUGCCCAACGCCCUCUCUAUCAGCAAAGACCCUCUCUCAGCCCGGAGCAUGGAGGAGAUGAAUCGGCUGCUGCUGCUGAUGCUAGGCUGUGCUGUGCAGUGUGAUCGAAAGGAGGAGUUUAUUGAGAAGAUCAAGCUGCUGGACAUCGAGACUCAGGCGGCGAUCGUCACGCACAUACAGGAGGUAACGCACAACCAGGAGAACGUUCUGGACCUGCAGUGGCUGGAGCUGGCCGAGCUCCCGGCCGAGGAGCUGGACCCGCUGUCGCGCAGCAUGGCCGUCCACCUGCGCCGGCUGAUCGACGAGCGGGACGAGAGCGCAGAGGUGGUGUUGGAGCUGACCCAGGAGAGGGACUACCUGCAGUCCCAGCAGCCCGGAACCCCGCCCCAGAACUCCAGCCUCGACCACCCGCCGCGCCGCGCCGGCUCUGUCCCCGUCCUCGGCAAGGAGGAGCGGCAGCACCUGGCCGUGGAGCUGGCCGACAGCAAGGCGCGGCUACGCCACUCACGCCAGGAGCUGGAGGAGAAGACGGAGCAGCUGAUGGAUGCUAAGCAUGAGAUUGAGAGGUUGGACCUGGAGCUGCAGAAACUCAAACAAGAGAGCAUGCAGCUGCUAGCGGAGGCGCGCUCGGCGCGGGUGUACAGGGAUGAGCUGGACGCUCUGCGGGAACGGGCGGGGCGGGUGGACCGGCUGGAGACGGAGCUGACACGCUGCAAGGAGAGACUACACGACGUGCACUUUUACAAGACCCGCGUGGAGGAGCUGCGGGAGGAUAACAUGACUCUGAUGGAGACCAAAGCGCUCCUGGAGGAGCAGCUGAGCGGGGCGAGGGGCCGCUGUGACAAACUGCACGAGCUGGAGAAGGAGAACCUGCAGCUGCGCUCCAAACUCCACGAUGUGGAGAUGGAGCGUGAUGUGGAUAAGAAGCGCUUAGAGGAGCUGCUGGAGGAGAACAUGAUGCUGGAGAUCUCUCAGAAGCAGAGCAUGAACGAGUCGGCCCACCUGGGCUGGGAGCUGGAGCAGCUGGCCAAGAGCAACGACAGCGGGGAGGCGCGGAAGUCGUUUGUGUUCGAGCUGAACGAGUCUGCGCUGAGCCGGCUGCUGAAGCUGGAGAAGGAGAACCAGGGCCUGCAGAGCCGUGUGGAGGAGCUACGUGAGGCCUCCCUUAGCCUGGACCAGGCUCAGCUCCGCACCCAGGAGCUGGAGAAGGAGAACGGCCAGCUCAACGAGAAGAUGGAGAAGCUGCAGGCACUCCUGGAACAGGAGAAGCAGGCCACCCAUGACAUGGGGAACCUGGGGGAGGAGCUUCUGAAGGACAAGCAGAAGCUGGAGAAGUCUCUGGAGGCUGCCCAGGCUGACAAGGACAGACAGGUGCAGGAGCUGGAGCACCUGAACCAAGCCGUGGAGUCGCUGCGCAAGCGCGCUCAGGCGGACAGCGAGGCGCGUGUGCGGGAUGUGGAGGCAGAGAACCGCGCCCUGCACCAGACCAUCUCCGACACGGGCGGCAGGCUGGCGCGGGCCGAGGCCGAGUCGCGCCGGGUCGCCAAGGAGCUGGAGCAGACGCUGGAGCGGGCGGAGCAGGCCGGGCGGCUGGAGGCUGAGGUGUCCCGGCUGGAGAGGGGCCGGGACGAGCUGCAGAGGCAGGCCAGCGCGCUGCCUGUGGCCCGGGAGCGGGUGGAGGCCCUGGAGCGCGAGAACGGCAGCCUGGAGCGGGACAACCGGCGGCUGAAGAAGCAGGCGGACACGGCGCAGAAUGCCGCCCUCAGGCUCGGGACGCUCGAGGAGGAGCGGAGGCAGCUAGAGGCCGAAAACCUGGAGCUCCGCCGCACCUCCGAGCAGCUGCGCACGGCCGCUGCCCGCCUCCCGCAGGUGGAGGAGGAGAGGGUGGAGCUGGAGAGCGAGCGGGACGGGCUGGCACGGUCGGUGGAGGAACUCCGGCCGCUGGCGAAGAAGGCGGAGAGGCUGGAGCUGAGCUGCUCGGCGCUCGACGCUGAGAACCGGAGGCUGCAGGAGUGUCUGGAGGGAGGCCGGGCCAAGGCCCAGGGACUGGAGCAGGAGCUGCGAGAGGCGGAGUCGGAGGCCCAGCUGUUCCGGAGGGAGGUGGAGGAGCUCCGGCUGACAGCCAGGCGCCUGGAGGCAGCCGAGUCGGAGAGGAGGACCCUGGAGCAGGAGGCAGGGCAGGCGGAGAAGGAGCGGAAGCAGGUGGAGAAGGAGGCGCGGCGGCUCCGGCAGCAGCUGGAGGCCAAGGAGGCGGCGCUGGACGAGAGCACGGCGAGGGUGGCGGGACUGGAGAAGGAGAGCGGGGCCCUGGGGAAGGAGGUGGCCCGGCUGAGGGAGGCCAGCGGGAGGGUGAAGGAGCUGGAGAGGGAGAGCAAGGAGCUGCAGAAGCAGGCCACCAUCGACAAGAGGACCCUGGCCACUCUCAGAGAGGACCUGGUGAGCGAGAAGCUCAAGGUUCAGCAGCAGUGGAACGACCUGGAGAAGCUGAGCCAUGAGCUGGAGAAGAUCGGCCUGAACCGUGAGAAACUGCUGCAGGAGGAGCACAGCUGCGAGGACAAUAAGUACAAGAUCCUGGAGUCAAAGAUAGAUUUGACGAUGAAGAAGACCCUGCAGAUCCGCGAAGAGAAGAUCCAGGGUCUGGAGUCACGCCUGGCGGAGUCAGGCAACUUGAACAAACAACUGCACGCGGAGCUCACAACGGUGAAGAGGAGUCUGGAGGCCCUGAAGCAGAGGCAGGAGGAGCAGGAGGCGCACUCUAACAGCUCCCGGCAGGCCCAGCUCAGACCCUCGCCCGAGAAAGGAGAGAGGGAGGCCACAGCCGAGCUGCUCAAACUCAAGGACAGGCUCAUCGACAUUGAGAAGAACAAUGCAGCCCUGCAGACGGAGAAGCAGCUGCACCGGGAGCAGCUGAGGCAGCUGGACACGCAGAACACGCAGCUGAAUGCACAGAUCCUGGCCCUGCAGAGACAGGUCACCGCCCUGCAGGAGCACAACACCGCCCUGCACACGCAGGCCGCCAAGCUGCAGGUGGAGAACGCAACGCUGAACUCCCAGAGCGCGUCGCUGAUGGCCCAGAACGGCACGCUGCAGACCCAGGUGCAGACUCUGGAGGGGGACGCCGAGGCGCUGGAGGGGAAGUGGGAGGAGGUUCGGGUCGGGCGCGAGAGCGUCCUGCAGGACCACGAGAAGCUCCUCGCCGUGCACGAGCGGCAGGCGGCGGAGUACGAGCAGCUCAUCGCCCAGCACACCUCCCUCAAAGGCACCCACCGCAGCCUGGAGCAGGAGCACCGCAUGCUGCAGAACAAGUACGCAGUGCUGAUGAAGCGGAAGACCACCCUGGAGGAGCUGGAGGGGACGCUGCAGAGAGAGAGGGAGAGCCUGGGGGCGGAGAUCCACAAAAACGGCCUCAUUCUAGCAGAGAACCAGAGCCUGAAGGGCGAGGUGGACAGGAUCACACAGACACACGAGCAGGUGAGGCAGGAAUGCGACAGGCUGCAGCUGCAGACCAAGGAGUUGAAGACGUCACUCAACGAGUCGCAGCUGGAGCUGAACCGCUGGCAAGCCCGCUAUGACCAGCUGAAGGAGCAGCACCAGGGCCUGGACAUCUCCCUCGCUAAGCUGGAGAACCACUGCGAGCUGCUGACCCGUCUGAAAGGGAACCUGGAGGAGGAGAACCACCAUCUUCUGAGCCAGAUCCAGAUGCUGAGCCAGCAGAACCAGACCCUGCUGGAGCGCACCAUGGAGAGCAAGGAGAUGUACCACGAGGAGCAGAAGCAGUAUAUUGACAAGCUAAACGCUCUCCGCCGGCAGAAGGAAAAGCUAGAAGAGAAGAUCAUGGACCAGUAUAAGUUCUACGACCCGGCUCCUAAAAAACGGAACCACUGGGUGGGGGCCAAAGCUCUGGCCAAAUUCAUCAAACCAAAGAAGGAGAAUGGCCGCGAGAAGAUCCGGAGCGGUCUGGAAACAUCCCGGCCCACGUCGCCCACCGACGCCCCCGACUGCGUGUCCCUUCCGCCGCCCCCGCCGCCCCGACAGCCCCGCCCCAGCGUGGACUCCAUGGAGGACAGCCACUCUCUCCCCGUCUCCCCGGCAUACACCAGCAAGGGCCGGAGCGAGUCUGGCAGCUCGAGGGGAAGGGAUGCGAGCCGUUUGCCAGGGGGCAGCGGCGAGACCGCCAAUGGCCCCGAGGAGCCGCUGGCCAGGCGGAGGGCCUCAGAGCUGGGGGUCCCAGCCUACUCCACCCCAGUCAACACCACCUCCACCCCCGCCCACGCUCCCAACUCCAGCUCCAGGCAUGGUCACAGGUCCAAGGGGUUGAACUGCGACGACGACUUAUGGCUGCACUCCCCUGAUGCCGCGUUCGGGAGCGGUGGCCAUGGAAACGCAGGUCACAGACUCAGCUCUGCUGAGUUCAGCCGCAGCGCCUCCAGUAGUGACUCCCCUGUCCACUCCAAAGAGUCUCUGGAGCGCCUGGACGCCCUUGCGCUUGGGCACGGUCCCCGUGAUGGCCAUCUGUCCCGCGCCUCCCCGCUUCCCUCGGACACCCCCCCACAGAGGAGCGCCCCCCGCCUGGCCCGUCGCCGCCCUUCGUCCCCUGGCAGCGAGAUGGUCACCCUGGAGCAGUUCCUUCAGGAGAGCAACACCCUCUCACCCCCUACCGUGCAGACUAGCAGCCGUGAAGACCUGAUGACAGACUACUUCAGCAAGGUUGGGGAGUGGCCCAGCACCGGGAGGCCCACCCCUCUGAGGGAUGGGGCCAAGACGCCCACCAGUUACGUCACUCCCACCGUGAAGUCCACGCCCCCCGGGGACCCCCGGGCCCUCAAACCAGGGCAGACUGUCAAGCCCAGCGUCCGCCUGCCCGAGGCGACCUCUCCCGCCUGCCACUCCCAGACCUUACCCAACCGGCCAGGGAGCGGGGGACGGGCCCCUCCGCUGCUCUCCGGCACCUCCAGGGGGUCAAAGGGCGGCCUCAGCCGAACCUUCAGCCUGGCGUCGGCCGACCUCCUGCGCUCCAACGGGCCCGACAGCUACAGGCAGGAGGCGUGGGACGAGGUUCGGGACGAUAAUACGAGCGUGGCGAGGAGGGCGGGCGCUGCACCGCGGGAGAGGCCGCAGUCCGCCAUCCUGGCCGGGUCCCUGCACCCACAGCCCAGCGAUUCGGCCCCUUCCCGCCUGUCCCUUCCCCCUCCCAGGGAAGAGCACCUCCCCCCGCCCCAGCACCACUCGUCCUCCCUGUCCCUGUCCUCCAGCCCCGCCCCCCGCGAUCGCUACGGCGCCCCCCGGCGCACGGGGGGGGCGUCCCUCCACCGCGGCGAGGUCGCCAUGGUGACGCCCGUGCGGGCGGUGCCGGCCCAGCGUCAGGACGACCGGGAGGAGACCCCAGAGGGCCCGCCAGCCGAAUCGCCCCUGGUGAAGAAGUGGGAGGGGGGUGGAGGAGGCGGGGUUAACUGCAGCACGGAGGAGCAGCCCAAAAGCACCCCAGCCUCGCCGGACCCCAACAACGACCCUCAGACAGUUUGGUACGAGUAUGGCUGCGUGUAGAAGAGCCCCCGCCCCAUUCUCGUUGUGUCUGCAGCAAGUCGAGCUCUUAGCACUGCGCUCUAAGCUACCCUCCUUGAUAGGAGGGGGAAAAAAACAAAAAACAUUCAGUAUGUGUUUGAACUUCAUUCUGCUACACCCAAAGAGCAUAGAAUGGACAACCUCAUAGCCGCCAACAGGAAGCGUUUGAUCUGCAGGAAGCUGCUGUGCUUUUGCAUAGAUGCAGCUGGUGCUGCUCACUUACUUUGACUACUUUUUGAGAAUUCAACUAAGUCAUGCGUACCGUUAAUGCUGCAACUUAGCCAAUUCGCUUUUCCUAAAUGCGGUCGCUGGAAUAACCGGGGAUGCGGCAGUUUACAAACGACUGAGACGAAUGGCAAGGCAUAGAGUAGGACGCUGACAGAACAAACUGGAAAGUAUUAUCGCCCUGGUCUCUCUGCUUAUAGCUCUUGCGUAUAGCUCUUGAUUCCAGUUCUAUUCUGAAUCAGAAAAACAAAAAGUUUGUUGAAAACAUAAGAGGUGCCACUCCCCUCAUUGCGCGGUAAUUACAGCCUCCGUUGCGGAAAGCGGAAGACAGUGGUCGUCCAAUCUUUUUGGCCACCCUUUGCCUGGGAUUACUGGAAACGCUCUUCUUUCUGGAACAAUCGUUUCUUUCUGGACUUAGCUUUUCUUGUGCUUUGCGGGCAACCUCUGUUUGCAAAACAUCGGACGCAUUCCAAGAGAAGCUUUUGAAAGGACCCUGUAAUUGGCGCCAACGGAAAGACGUGUUCCUGUUUUUUUUUUUUAAACGGCCAUGCUCCCAGUACGAUGGCCCCCGCAUCCUUCCACUCUUCCUGUCAGUGCCGAGCCGUGUUGAAUGUUGAACAGAAGGAUCCGUUUAAACUCUUGUAAAUAAAGAGAGGUUUUUUUUAAAUGCAUUUUCAAAGCACUAAGUAUGUAAUGAAGUAGAAACUGAGUUUGAACACGACUGUGGUUUUUAUGUUGUGUGUGGCAUUUUGUUUUGUAUUCUUGUAUUCUUACUUUAUAUAUAUUUUUGCAACUUGAUUCACUUUGGCACCACGCACCCACUGAAAAAAAUGUAUUUAUUGUUACGGUCCACACAAUUAUAUUUGAAAAUUGCACUGAAAUUGGCACCGUGUUUCUCUUACAUUGAGCUGGGCUCACUUAUGAAGCUCAACACAGCAUGGGAUUAAUGGGUAGUUGAGGCUGAGCCCUCUCUGAGCCACUUAUGCUGCAUUGUACGUGGUAGCUUAUCUGCAAAUGAUACGCUUGCAUUGUAUCAUUCAAAUAGAUGUGCAAAGCCCUGUUGAAUUUCUUAGCAGAUGCAAACCUGAGCCUCGCGUAUGUUGCAUUGUACGCGAUUGCUUAUCUGCAAAUGAUACUCUUGCAUCGUUUCGCUCAAACGGAUGUGCGAUGCCUUGUUGAAUUACUUUGCAGAUUAACCAUUUUAAUUGAUGACUUAUGAUACAGUCUCAAAACCUAAAAAAAAUAAAAUAAAAUAAACCUUUUACCGGACUAAUUGAAGCAUUACGUCUUGUUUGAAUGUACAAUCACAGCGGUCCUGUUCAUUCCAAGCAGUGUCCAUGUGGAGUAGAAUCCUGUGUUGUGACGGCGUCAUUCGUGGUGUAUCCCGUUUACGUUGACAGACUCUCUGUAAAAAGAACAGUGAUUCAAAAUACCUUGCUGAAAAGUGAUUUGGUGCUUUCCAGAGACUAAACAUCAGAAGUAUGUCCAGAAGAAACUCUUCCCCCGGUCUCCUCUUGGCACAUCUGAAUAUGUCAAUGCUUGAUCAACAAGACGAACUCCCUAUCAGCCUCUCUUUUUAACUGAGCUUGUAAAUGCAAGCAUGAGAUGUCCGACUGUGCAUAAAUACUGUAUGAUUUGCAGCAGUACAAUUUUGAGAUCUGCAUUUAAGAAUGAUUUUUUGACACUAAGUAUAGUGAUUUUAAUUGCUCUCUGUGAAUAUUUUAAUUUCCCACUAAGCCUCGUAAAUUGUAAAAUGAUUUUCUGUCAAUGGAAUCAUCUUUGCUUGACUUGAGUUAUUUGGAGGGGUGGAGCGUUUGUUUUUAUUUGUGGCUUUCGUUUUGUUUUUAAAACUACUGCAACAUUUGUAAUAAAGAUGUAAGAAAUGU